AUGGGACCAAAAACAAUGAUGAAGCUCCAGCCCGUGUCUCACAACCAUGGAACAAAUAAGCUCAACCACAAGUUACUCAAAGGACAGGAAUCAUUAGCUGAAUACCCAUUUGGCAGCAUUUUACACUCGGUUGAAUCGGCACCAGGUUCAGCACCACUGUUGUCGCUGCUAGCACCUUUGGAUAGUGAUGUAUGGGAUGAGUCAUACUGGAAAGCUCCUCAUACCAUCUCUUCUGCUGAGUUUGUUGUUGUUCUUGGCAAUCUUUCCAAUGUCUCAGGCGUUAUCCUUGUUGUUAGUCCUUGCGGCUAUUCCAUAUCUGAUUCCCCUACUUCACCUCACCAGCAGUUGACAAGUCGUUUAGUUUGCACAGAAAAAAGAUCUUAG